CUGGCAGUAAUUUGUUUAUUUACUUUAUCUUUCUGUACGGUAUCGGAAGUUUUGAUUUCUGAUUAUUUUUCUAUUUAUGGCAGCAUUUUUACACAAAAUGAAAUUGGCUCUUAUUCAAUUUGCUGUCUCUACAAGUAAAGAACAAAACUUGAACAGAAUACAAAAAUUCAUUAAAGAAGCUGCACAGAAUGGAGCUAAUUUAGUAUGCUUACCUGAAUGCUUCAACUCACCAUAUGGAGUUAACUACUUUAAACAGUAUGCAGAAAAUAUUCCUGGAGAAACUAGCAAAUUACUUUCUGACACUGCCAAAGAAAAUAAAGUUUAUUUGAUUGGAGGAACAUUUCCCGAAAAGCAGGAUUCAAAGUUAUAUAACACCUGUUUAGUUUACAAUCCUGAGGGAGAACUCAUAGCCAAACAUCAAAAGGUAUAGGUAUAAUAUAAAAUUAAUAAAUGCAACUGGAAUGUUGGAAUAGGAAUAUGCUAUGACAUUAGAUUCCCAAUUAUGGCUAAUAUAUAUGCAGAGAAAGGGUGCCAACUUUUGGUGUAUCCUGCUGCUUUUAACAUGACAACUGGGCCUGCCCAUUGGGAACUGCUAUCAAGAGCAAGAGCUGUAGAUAAUCAACUUUAUGUUGCGACAAUAUCUCCAGCCAGAGAUACUAAUGCAGGUUAUACUGCUUGGGGUCAUAGUACUUUAAUUAACCCUUGGGGAAAUGUAAUUGCAACCACUGAUGAGAAGGAAAUUAUACUCUAUAGUGAUAUAGAUUUAGAUUACGUGAAUGAAGUCCGUGAACAAAUUCCUAUAAGACAACAGCAGAGGAAAGAUUUGUACAGCAUUAAAUAUUCUGAAAAUAUACUUAUGUAAAUGAAAGCAUAUUUGUACUAACUUAAUCCUCAAAGUAUAUUAUGUGAUCUGAAAUAGAUUUUUAAUAUAUUACAUAAAUAUUUUUUCAUUAACUA